AUGUGACGAUAAGACUACACCCUCAAACAUACAAGCAAGUGACGCCUGUUAUCACAUUACCGACCCUCAGAAUCUCAAGAUACCAUCAACAUGUCAGGAUUAGUUAAAGCCAAGACUUACGACUGGAAGGACUCAAAUGUGGAAUUGUUUGGUUCCGACACCGACAGACAAGUCAAAAAGGAGUCAGCAGAAACCGAACCAGCGUGGGAAGGCGCAGGACAGGCUGUCGGUCUGAAAGUGUGGAGAAUCAAUAAAUUCGAAGUAGAAGCGGUAGAGGAAGAAGAUUAUGGCGAAUUUUACACAGGAGAUUCUUACAUCGUCCUGAACACUUACACCAAAGACGAUUCUGACGAGUUGCUGUACGAUGUCCACUUUUGGAUUGGGGAGAGCAGUACACAGGAUGAGUACGGCACGGCAGCAUACAAAACGGUGGAGCUGGAUACAUUCCUUGACGAUAGAGCCGUCCAGCAUCGUGAAGUUCAAGGUGUCGAGUCUAAUCGGUUCUUGUCGUACUUUCCUGAAUUUGUGCGUUUGUCCGGCGGAUAUGCUUCAGGCUUUAGACACGUGGAAAGUCAAGAGUACCAGCCUCGCCUGCUUCGCCUCCAAUUCGAAGACGACAAAGUCAUGUCCUACGAGGUAUCAUUCGUACAGAACUCAAUAACUUCUGACGGCGUGUUCAUAUUCGACAGCAGCAGCAAAGUCGUAGAACUGAUCGGUUCUGACGUAGAUCCUACAAAAGUGUACCAAUCUAAUGUGGUGUUCAACAAGAUUUCAAGUCAGCGAGAUGGCGCAGAAAAAAUUGUAGCUCGCGAAGGAGAUUCUGACUAUGGGAGAUGUAAGGAUGGUCUACCGGACGAGGAUCCAGAAGACGCAGCUGACGUAGACCUUGAUCCCGUGGAUGAACCUAAACUCUUUAAGAUCACAGAUGACAAUGUAAAAGAACAGAUCACGGAAGGGGAUAUAUCUGUGAGUGAAUUCGACUCGAAUGAUGUCUAUCUGGUACAUGUGAAGAAAACCUGCUUUGUCUGGAUUGGCUCCGGUGCUUCAAGUAAAGAAAAGAAAAACGGCUUGAACUAUGCUUCAGAAUAUUUGAAGGAAGCCGGCAAGCCGUGCCACCGAAUCACAGUUCUGAAAGAAAGUGUCAUCAACAACGCUACCAUCCAGGAUGAGUUGGCCUAAAUCAUCAAAGGAGUUGUACCUAGAAGAUCUGCUUUCUUAUCAAUGCGUCAACAUAACCCGAUUUCCCUCCAGGACCAGUGACCUAAUGUGACUUGAGCAGUGUAUUAGGAACGUUUAUGUUUUUCAUUUACAUACUAUAAUUAUCUGAAGCUUAUAACACCAUGAAACACCACCUACCAAGGAAGGAACCGACCUUGCCACUCCAGUUUAUUUUAGAUACGACAUUCUUUUAUAUGAUAUGAUACUACACACAGGUUGGUAAACACCAAGACUCUGUAAUACAUCACAUAGGAUCUAACACUAGGUGAAUAUUGUCAGUCUUAUCAUCGAAAUGGAAAUCACGUGUAGUUGUCUAUAAUUACAAUGUUUGUAACACAUGUACGUUAUAUUAUUGUAUAUAUCAGUAUGCACAGCUUCACUUGACGUUAGCCUCAUAAUCUAAAAAACAAGCCAAAUAUAUCCAAAUCAGACUUGUCAAUGUAUCGCUUUAUUCAUAUGAUUACAAUAGCGAGCGCUU